AAAAAAGAAAAGAAAAACAAAUGAGCACCAAAUAUUUCGAAGAAGUAGUAAAACGUUGCUUCCUCAUUCUCUUCCGCUUUGAAGUCUCUCUCUCUCGAGCGCCAAUUCAGACUCUGCGCGCAGAACAUUCUACAAUUCUCGCGAAGCCGCGCGAGCCGGUGGAGCUCCUCCUUUUCGAACCUCAACCGGAGCUAGCUAGGGUUUCAAUUUCAUUCACCAACGCAAACUGCAUGUUUGUGAAGGUUUUUUUCCUGAAAUCCCAAUAAGCCUCUUAAUUGGAGGAAAAGUUCUUGCAUACCAAAAGGACAGCCUUGAUGCUUUGAGAAAGGUUAUGUGAAGCAGUAUGACUCUUGAAGAUUUCUUUACGUUGACUGAAAUGAAAGAUGGCCUCACAGCCCCUUCUCGAGUGCAAGAGUUGGUCUCUGUAAUGAAGAAGGAGCAAGAUUGUGUUGUUAAGAAUGCUGGUGAUGCAACAAGGCAGUGGGCUGCUGUUGCAAGCACUAUUGCUGCUACAGAGAAUAAAGAUUGUCUUGAUCUUUUUAUUCAAUUAGAUGGACUUGGGUUCAUCAACAAAUGGUUAAAGGAUGCCCAAAAUUUGGGUGCUGAUAAUACUAAUGAUGGCUUCAUUGAAGAGUCAAUUACUGCAAUGUUACGAGCAGUUGAAAAACUGUAUCUAGACAGCGAGAAGUCAAUUUCAUCAGGAAUUUCGGUAACUGUCAGUAACCUUCUUGGCCAUCGUAGCUCUAAGGUGCAGGAUAAAGCAAGAGUAUUAUUUGACCGCUGGAAAGGAGGUGGAGAUGGAGAUGCUGAACCAACUGAUAAUUCGGAUCUUGGUAGAAUCAACAAUGUGAGUGAUGAGAUUGUUUGGUCGAAAGGCCAGCCAUCUUCUGUGAAUGAAGCUGGCAAUGAAGAUGAUCAUGCAUCUCAACCUGCUGGAGGUGAGAAGUCUCUAUUGGGAGGCUCAGAUAGUCAGCUACAAGAAAAAGUUUCUAGCAUACAGAUACAGAAUGCUGACAAUGCACUCCAGUCCUCUGUAAGUUUGGAUUGUGAAGAUGCCAAAGAGAGAUCAAACCAUGUUGAUAUUGUCUUGGCUUCUGUUCAAGAAGUUGCCAACAUAAGUGAAGGUGGGACCUGUAACUUAUCUGUUAAUAAACAAGGCAGUUUCAAAGGUCAACAAGAUGAUUUGAAGUUAAAUGACUUGUCCAAAAAUGAGAAGCAAGAUCAAAAUGUUAAUGGUUCUCCAGAAGAAUUAAGAGCAUCAGAUAUCUCUUCAGCAUCUGGAGAGCCAGAUCUUGAACCUGUCUCCAUUGGUGAUAGUGAAGCAAAAGCACUGGAGUCUGUGGAAGAAGAACCUGCUUUAGAACAUAAUGUUGAAAGCAAUGAAAAUAUCAUUUGUCCUAAAAUAAAUGUUUCUGGUAGCAUGAGAACACCUGCAUCAGAUGGGAUGAGUGUGGGGGAUGAUGUCAGAGCUAUAAAUUCCAGCAAUCCCCAACUUCCCAAAUCAUCAGAAAAUGAUGAUUGUUGUUCUCAAGCAUUGCAGGACUUAUCAGUCACUGGCAGUCACUUGGAAAAGCCUGAGAUGUCUUACCUCAAAACAGAAUAUGUAGGAGCAGUAAAGGAAAGCAAGGGCCAAGAUGAUGAUACCCCAAAUGGUUCUGACUCUUCUAAUCAGGGCAAAGGUCCCACAAGCCCUAACAUUAUUGACAAGAAUUCUGACAUGGAACUUGAGUAUGGUAUUGUUGAUGCUUUAGAAGUUGCUCGACUAGUUGCCCAGGAAGUUGAGAGGGAAUGUGUAAGCCCUAUAAAGGAAGGGAAUGACCAAGUUUCUAAUGAAGUCAACAGUACCACAAAUGGUUCUGAUUCUUUUAAAUGGGGAAAUGGCCCCAAAAGCCCUAAUGUUAUUGACAAGAGUUCUGAUAUUGAACUUGAGUAUGGUAUUGUUGAUGCUUUAGAAGUUGCCCGGCAAGUUGCUCAGGAGGUUGAGAAAGAAGUUUGCAGCUCUUCUUCAGAGAAAAUCUCAGAAGGUGGAAUCAGGCAGGCAGCCAGCCUUGAUUUAGGGAGAAAGGAUGAAGUCACUCAUGCCCUACCUGAGGAGGUAUCAUCCAGGCAAAGCAACUCUGCUGAGGUGUGUUCUGAACAGGCGGAACAUAUGAGUGUUUCAGAUAAUAUUGAGGCUGGGCAAGAUGACUUGGAGUCCUCGCAGGUGACUGAAGCAGCUCGAGACCCAGGAGGUAAUUCAGAGAAAAGUCUCUGUACCUUUGAUCUCAAUGAAGAAGUUGGUUCUGAUGAUAUGGAUGUUUCUGUAAAUGCUAUGUCUACUAUGCCAAUACCUGUUGUUUCUGCUUCAAAACCUGCACAGACUUCUCGGUUGCCAAUGGCCCCUUUGCAGUUUGAGGGGACCCUUGGAUGGAAAGGGUCAGCUGCCACCAGUGCCUUUCGCCCCGCAUCACCUCGUAAAAAUUCUGAUAACGAGAAGAAUGUUUCUGUUGAUGGAAACUCAGAGAUUUCCAAGCAGAAGCAUGAUUGCUUUGAUUUUGAUCUGAAUGUGGCUGAGGAUGAAGAAGGAUUGGUAAAACAAAUUGGUGAAUCUUCAGGCCUUCCUUCUGGCCAAUCAUCAGUUGAACUUGGUCCUAAAAGAUCAAGCAGGUUUGAGUUGGAUUUAAACAGUAUUGGUGCUGAUGAUGAUGCCCAACCUUCAGAUCAGAGGAUGGAGGGGGCACUCUUUUCAGGAAGAAAUGGUUAUUGGAGCCCAUCACCUGCUUCAUCAUCGUCAUCAAUGCAACCUUUAGUACGAAAUAUCGAUUUGAAUGACAGACCAUUCUUUCAAACCGAUUUAGUGGACCAAGGGCAUAGUAAGUCUUCUUCGAUUAUUGAAGCGUAUAAACGGUCCAAGUCGGAUGCUCCCGUGAUAUCUAUAUUGGGUGCCAAGGUAGAAGUUGGUAGAAGAGAAUAUAUUCCUCAAACUUUAUCUUUGCCAAAUGGCAAGGCAAUUGAGCCUGCAAUGGAUCUUCCAUUGUCAGGAGCAGGUAGCAUUUUAGGAAUGGGCCCUACACUACCCUACAAUCAUUCAACUGCUUUUGGGUAUAACAGACUGACAUCAGUGCCUGCUUUGUCUUUUUCAUCAGCCAUGUAUGGAUCAUCUGGUGGCCCAAUUCCAUACAUGGUAGACUCAAGAGGAACUCCUGUUGUGCCUCAGGUUGAGGGAUCUUCCUCAACUGUCCUGUCAUCUUAUUCUCAACCUCCAUUUAUCGUGAGCAUGACCGGUACACAACUUGGUUUAAAUGGGGUUGGAUCUUCACGUCCCAACUUUGAUUUGAACUCUGGCUUCACAAUUGAUGGAGGGAACAGAGACAUGUUGACUGCAAGACAAUUUUUCUUUCCUGCUCAAGGCAGAGCCAUGGAGGAGCACGUGAGAACCCUUCCACAAUCCUCAAGUUCCGGAGUUAGUGUGAAAAGAAAGGAACCAGAUGGUGGCUGGGAUAGGGAUGCCUAUGCAUUUAGCUACAAACAUCAGCAACCUCCAUAGAAGUAGCUCUAAUUUAUGCUUUUGCCUCUCAUCUGAUCUGUUUAUAAUUCUGCUCCGCUCCCAAUUGAUGCUUAUAUUAUUACUUAAGUUGAUCCUGAAGAGUAUCCCAAUCUAUUGGAAUCCUUUAGCAAGAGAAGAACCAGCCCAAUAAAAGGCGGAGGAAGAUGGAUGUAAUAUGAUUUAUGAGAGUGAUUGGCGAAGGGGGAAAUUAGUGUUUUUCUUCUUUGUUUUUCCUUUCCUGCAGUUUCAUAGAAAGUCAGUACAAGCCCACAAGGCUUGGUACACGUAGCUGUAACUUUUCUUUCAUAUUCAAAGAAAUUAUAGGCAUAGUAUGGUGUUUCUCACUGAGUGGUACUUGAGUACAUGGUUACAAAUUUUAGUUGAUUUUAGUGAGUUUUGAUUAUCAAGGAAUAACCUGUAUAGAGAAAGCUGUGUCCAAAACUUUUCCGCAUACAUAAAAUAGUCUAACUCGAUACAAGUCCUGGUUAACUCAUGCUUUUAAUUGUUAUGUCUUUGGUUUCAUAUUGAA